GCGCAUAGUGUCGUGUCGUCCGCUCGCUCGAGCUCAGCUGGCCCUUCUCGGUUCCCUGCAAAAGUGCUGGAACUGUUCUCUUUCAUUUCCUCACGAGUCGGAGGAGGAGUCUAGUCCAAAACCAACUAUCCAACAUGUCGUUCAUCAAGAAGCUCACUCAGCAACUACCGAACUGGGCGCCAUCCCUCGCUGGCUAUGGGGGCGCAGCUGGAGCCAUCCUCGUCUUCUUCACUGACUGGAGACUCGUCACCGACUACAUCCCAAUUUACAAUACCAAAUACUCCACAGAUAAAGAAUAGUGGUCUCUGGACAUGCUUAUUUAUGUAAUUAAUAAAUCUUGUCUCCAUUGUAGACACCUUGGCACAUUUUGGUAGCUAUACUGCUUCAAAAUCAUUCAUUCAUGUUGGCUCAUGACGUCUGUAUGUUGCAAAAUGAAAUUAGGAUAAAUUUCUGUGCCUUCUUUCUGCCUUGUUACUUUAGCAUCCCUUGUUUCCCAUUCAUACAGAAUGUUUUGUGAAUGUGUUAAUUCCUGAACAGGUUCUUUCAAUGUUAUCAGAUAUGCAGUAAAUAAAAUGAUCAUAACAGGUA